AAUGAAAUCAUUUCAUAAUUUUUAUCAGUUUGGGUAACCUAUUUAAUAUUUCGCAAUGUAGUAUUUUUGUCAAUUGUGGUUUUGUGUCACAGUGGAGAGCACGCUCUGCGCUACUUGCAAGUAAUUAUUUUGAACCUGUUUGGAACGAAACAUAUCAUAAUGCCUAAUGUCAAGUACUACUACUUCCCCGUGAAAGCUCUCGGUGAAAGUGUUCGUCUACUCCUCUCUUACGGUGGCCAGGAAUUUGAAGACAUCAGAGUCUCCGAGGAGGACUGGCCUGCGUUUAGGCCAUCGACACCUUUCGGUCAGAUGCCGGUACUAGAGAUCGAUGGUAAGGCUUACGCACAGAGCACUGCCCUCUCCCGGUACUUGGGCCGCAAGUACGGCCUCUCCGGAGCCACUCCUGAAGAGGAUCUGGAGAUCGACCAGAAUGUCGACUUCGCUAAUGAUAUCCGUUCGAAGGCCGCUACCGUCCAAUACGAAACCGACGAGAAAUUGAAGGCUAAAUACCACGCAGAUUUUACUAAGAACGUCUACCCGGAGUUGCUUGAGAAACUGGACAAGAUCAUCAAGAAGAACAAUGGACACAUUGCUGCUGGCAAGCUCACCUGGGCAGACUUCGUGUUCGCUGGAAUGUUCGACUACUUAAAGGUAAUGCUCCAAACUCCAGACCUCGAAAAGAAGUACCCAAGCUUCCAACAAGUGGUUGACGCGGUGUACUCUCUGCCCAAACUUCAGGCCUACCUCAAACAAGCACCUAAAACUGACUGUUAAAGUAGACACUAUUUCUUUGUUAAUAAAGUUAUAAUUUGUGAAUGUAUCGAUUUCUCAAGUUUAUUGUAAUAAAAAAAAGGCUUAAAUUAGAACAAGCUAAAAUCAACCAAGAUUUGAAAUGUUGAAUUAGUGGCCACUAAUUCAAUAUUAAAAAAAAAUUGUACAGUAUCUGGCGUAUGCGUAGAAGUUUUUUGUCGGUAAUUUUCCGUAAAAUCAAUUAACAAAAUAACUGCAUUUAAUAAUUUGUAUAACUACAUUAUAGGAAUAAUGAAAGUAAUGUAAGUGUAUAUUUAAUGUAUAAAUAAAAAAAAUAACAAUA